CUCAGUCUCAUCGCGCUCUUUGGGUCAUCAAGUUGUGUCUUUUGCUUAUCUUGAACUGAAAUUACUGAAAAAUAUUGACUAUUUUUUUGAUAAGAAUUCGACCUUUAAUAAGAAUUAUUUUAUUUUGACUGUUUUAAUGAUGAAAAGACGGAAAAAGUGAGAAUUUAAUAAAAAUUGUGUGAAUUUUCAAUCUUUACAUGCCAAAAACUCAUGCUCGAAAGUGAAGAUUAAACUUAAAAAGUCUGGAAAAGUGUUAAAAAAUUAAAUUUCAAUUUUACAAACAAAAUCUCAAAGUUUAUUAAGCAAAAUAUCGUGUAAAGUGCACUAAACAGCAUCGACGUGCGUCAGUCGAAAGUAAAAACAGGAAGAAAAAAACAAUAAAUAAAGUUCGAAGACCAUAAAAAUAACUUUUAGUAUUAAAAACAAUCAAUUCUUAAAUCCUUAAACAAUGGAGCUCAACGCAACAGGAUUUAUGCUUCAAACAAUGUUCUUCCUCGUCAAUCAUAAUGCAACAGAUUUUAUGGACACAGUUUUCAAUGAAGUCGCUCCACAGCCAGUCGAUCCAAAUGAGACGAGAUGUUUUGGUUCUUAUGGAUGCUUUCCGAUUGGAUAUCCAUGGACGUCGGAGCAGAGAGCACAUAGUGUGUUCCCAUUUGGUCCAUCAAUCCUAGACGUUAAGUUCAACGCCUUCACCAGAAAGCACAGAAAAGUUCCAAAGCUUCUGGACAUCAACGACCCAUACACAAUAGUCGAUGCUGGUGUCAGUCCAUCACAUCCAAUAUACUUUGUCACUCACGGAUUUUUAGAGUUUGGUGGAGCUCCGUGGAUAAGAAAAAUGCGAGAGGAACUUCUGAUCAACAAUAAGCAUUCAACAGUAAUUGUGAUAGACUGGAAAGGUGGCUCGUCGCCUCCUUAUUAUCAAGCUGUAUCGAAUAUUCGAUUAGUUGGUGCCAUUGUGGCUCAUAUGAUUUAUACAAUUUAUGAGGAGCUAAAGUUGAGGAACUUGGAUGAUGUUCAUCUGAUUGGACAUAGUUUAGGUGCUCAUAUGAGUGGAUAUGCUGGAUACUAUCUGCAAAAGGACUUUGAACUUAAAUUGGGUAGAAUUACAGGAAUGGAUCCAGCAGGUCCUUAUUUCUUAGGCACUGAGCAAAUGGUCAGACUGGACUUCUCAGACGCUAAAUAUGUGGACAUAAUUCACUCAGAUGCUUCACUUCUUGUUGAACGAGGUUUUGGUAUAAGACAGAGUAUCGGUCAUGUUGACUUUUAUCCAAAUGGUGGAGAUAAUCAGCCUAAAUGUAGUAAUUCAGUCAACGUAGCAUGCGAUCAUGUCCACUCAGUCGAGCUAUUUACUGAAAGUAUCAACUCAAAAUGCCAAUUCAUGUCAAUCACAUGCGAGAGCUAUGAAUCAUUCAAAAAAGGUCUUUGCAAUCGAUGUAAUAGGAACAGCAAUUAUUGCAUAAGAUUCGGAUUCAACAGCUUUGCAAGCUACAAAUCAAUAUUCUCAAAAGGCUAUGCAAAUCCAGGAUUUUUAACAUCAAUUCCAACAUACUUGAUGACAUCAGAUAAGGAACCAUUUUGUAGGGUUCACUAUAAAGUCUUUGUUAAAGUUGCCAGCAACGAUGAAAGUCGAAUGCACGGCGGUGAAGUUGGAUUUAUUUACCUAAAAUUAAGAAGCUCACAUGGUGAUGGACAGAAAUUUUUACUAAAUCAACAGUCAAUUCACUUUGCACCAGGCAAGAAUUUCACAUUUUUAGCGAUUGGCGAUGAAGUUGAGGACAUAAAGUCAGUCAUUGUGGAUUACAAGCAUAAAUCGACAGCAAAUCCACUAACUUGGCGAGUUUUCACACCGAAAAUUUAUCUCGAAUAUAUUUUAAUCCAGUCAAUGGAACAAAGUGACAGCGUGGAGCUGAAAUUAUGUCCGAGUCAUGAAACUCCAAUAUCAAGUGGGGAAGGGCUGCUGUUCCAAUGGGAAUCAUGUGAAUAUCAAAUGAGGAAAGAGGCGAGGGAGAGAAUUAAAUAAAAUAAAUGUAAACUUUAGGAUUAAUAAAAAAAUGAUAAUUUUAAAUAAUAAAU